UUUCACAAGCAAAUUCAAUGGGAGAAGAGUGGGAAACCAGUGAGGGUGGAUUCUUGAGGCUGAAAAUGUUGUUCAUUAGUGGCGCAAUAUUGAAGCAUUGGUAUAGCAGGGGUGAGCAUUUCCCUGUCCUUGAGCGCCUCUCCCUCCAUUUCUGUCUCUUUUUGGAAGAGAUCCCUACUGGUUUUACCGAUGUUCUGACGCUGCAAUUCAUCGAGUUGAACAAGUGUCAUUCUUCUCUUGUUGAAUCUGCCAGGAAGAUUCAAGUGGAGCAGGCAGACAUGUAUGGAAGGGAUGAUCUUCUUAUUCUAGACUACAAUACUUGGCAACAAUAAUGAGGCAUUAGUGAAUCAAGCUUGAAUGUGAGACUUUUGGUGAGAUUUGGAGUCUGUCUUUUACAAUUGGGGAGGAGACAAAGAUGCGACAUAGCACGGAAGGCCACGAGAGCAUGAUUCGGAAGCCUACAGUUGGUCACCGUCAUGGUGAUGGUUAUGGGCUUAUGGCAUGAUGAUGAUUAGCGUGAAGGGGCAUGCAACGUUCUAGAGUUGGGUGUUACAUUGAUGGUCACGACCGUGACCAUUAGUGUGAAGAUGGAGAUAAAAAAAUGAAGGUCAAGCGUUGUGAUCGAGAACAAGAAAAAUAACUAUCAUAUCAUGGGCAGAAGCUACUCUUUGAAGUUAAGUAUCACGCUAAUGGUCACGGACAUGACUGUCAGUGUGAUUGUGGGAAUCUGUGAGCUAGUAUCAUUACUUGUUGAAUCAAACAACUAUAGAGAGACGUUGUCACAACAAGAAGUUCAUCGUGAUGGCCAUUGUGUCAGAGAAUGAAAAAAUAUUGUAUA